AUGAGAAGACCCUUACCUCGUUUGUAUGUCGUUGCGACCAAAGUCUUGGAAGCACGACUCGAAGGCAAGGAACAGCAGCAGUCUUUUCUCUUUCGACAAGACAAAGCCCGGGAUCUCAGAAGAAUAAAACGGCUGGUUUGUUUGGCUCAGGAGAACUUCGAUCAGUUGACGGAGUCGUUGGAGAGAGCUGGUUUCAGCUUCGAAGUCUGCGAUAAAAAGCUGGCAGCGAUCGUCGCCGCAGACGUGGCCUUCUCCUCGCCGGAGUACCUCCCGAAGAGCUCGAACCACAAAGUUAAAGAAAUUCUGAGAUACCAGGAAACUUUGCGGAGUCUCGCACAUGCGGCUAAGAUUUAUCCAGCUGCUCAGAUUCCCCGCAUCCGAUACGCGAUCCUCAACCGUCUGAAGAUAAGCCAAUCAACACUAGGAAAAAUGCUCAAUAAAUUAGGAUUCAUCGAAAAAAAAUUCGAAGCGCCUCCCGGAACGACACCAGAUGCGGUGAUCGAGAGCUACUGGAAUCAUCUGGACAACCUCCGAGCGUCGGAAUACUCAUGGGAUAUUCAUUUUCCUGAUGAUGUCCUCGUUUUUAGUUCGAAGGGAGAUAUCCACAUGAAGAAACUCGUUCUCGAGUGGAAGCAGCUGCUGAUGUUCAAUAAAUCUGUGAUGGCUCCCGUUCAAGCUCUCGACCCGAAAAACGGUGAUACAGUACUGGAUACUUGUGCGGCUCCGGGGAACAAAUCAGUACUUGCGGCUCAGAGCUGCAGUGGUCUGGUGUCUUGCGAGCGCAACAACAAACGUUUCAAGUUGCUGGCGGAGAACCUGGAACUUAGCGGAGUUACUGGCAAGCGGAGGUGCGAAGUCAUACACAGCGACUUCUUGAAGAUCGACAAUUCGGAUCCAAGAUUGAUCAAGGUGACGAAGGCGCUUGUGGAUCCAAGUUGCUCCGGUGGCGGGGAUUUCGACCACACUCUAGAUCAAUCGAGAGUGGAAAAACUAGCCAAUCUACAAACAAUGAUCCUGAAAAAAGUCUUGCGCUUGCCGUCGCUGAGGACCGUCGUCUACUCUACCUGCUCAUCACAAACCAGGGAGAACGAGGGUGUCGUCACGGAAGUCUUGGAAUGGGCGGAUGGGCAACCUGAAGAAAAUGGCCAGUGGGUUCUGGAGAAAGCUUUGCCGAACUUACCGUUCCGCGGCGACGAAGAUUUUUUUCCUGGAGUCGGGGACAAGUGUCUAUUCUUCAAUCAUGAACGAUCUCGCACCUCGGUCCAAUUUGUUGCCAAGUUCGUGCGAAAGCUCAGAGGGGAAACUCGGAUGGAGAUCAAGAAGAAGUGCCGUCUGGAGACGAAGAAGAAGCUGAAACGUCUGAAGCAGAAGCGACGGAAACACCAAAAGGAGAAACUGAGUAAAGAGGCGAAUAACAAGCGCUCAGAUCACGGUCGACGGAGCAUCAAAUAAAAAAAUUCUACAAUUCCC